CUCUAUUUAUAAAGUGCUCACCUUGAUGCACCGCUAUAUGACCAAUAGCAUGCAAUUGGUGCAUAUCAAUGUAAGGUAUAAUUUCUCACACAACCAUCUCAACCAAGUAUGAGCGCAUAAGCUUCCCUGCUGUAUGGGACCGGAGAGCUAAUCUCUUAACCAGAAUCCAGAAACCAGAAUCCAAAAAGAAACCAUCUAACGGAAAUGACGAUAACACCACAAUACAACCCAAGAAUCACAAAAAAUCGAAUGCGUCCUGCCAAAUCAAUAUAAGGGCAUUCUCGUACAUCUAAUGUCACAAUCUUAGCUUCGGACACGCGAGCCGAACCUCUGCGACGACCGCGAUGGCGGAGAGCGAAAUCCUUCGACAGCUGGACGAGUCCACCGGCGACGCCCGGCGUCUCCAGCUCGAGACCCUCCGGUCGAUCCUCGAGGCCAACACCGGCACCUCCUAUCUGCGCCGCCACCUCGCCGGCUACGUCCCGGACGCCCUCGACGCCGCCACCUUCCGCCGCCUCGUCCCCCUCUCCUCCUACGACGACUACGCCGACCUCAUCGCCCGCAUCGCGGAGGGCGUCGAGCCCCCCACCGCCCUCUCCCUCGAUCCCCUCCUCUGCUUCUUCAACAGUUCGGGAACCAGCAAUUUGAGGCCAAAGCUGAUACCUUUCUUCGAUUCCAGCCACGCCAAAUCCGCCUCCAAUAUAGCCCACCAAGCCAGCUCCGCCUUUCUUCGGAGAUUAUUUCCCCCAAGACAAUCAGUAAAUAAGAUUCUAUGGUUCUUGUACGCCGGAAAUGUCACCGAGACCAAAGGUGGAUUCAAGGUAAUGGCGGUCGGGCUUACCCCUUUCACCGCAAGGGCCCGAACCCCGCUGCUGUCGAUGCUCGUCAGCCCGCCAGAAGUCCUUCUCGGGUCCGACAAUCAUCAGCAAACGUACUGCCACCUUCUCAGCGGCCUCCGGAAGUCGGCAUCCAUAGACUGCAUUCGAGCACCAUAUGCGGCAGGUCUGGCUCGAGCAGUUCGUCUCUUGGAGUAAUGGAAGCAGCUCUGCGAUGACAUAGAAUCUGGAUCGGUUAACCCGGAGAUCACGGACGCCGCGAUGCGAGACGCGGUGCAGGAGUUGCUCGGUGGGCCGCAGCCGGAGAUGGCGAGGAGGCUUCGAGAAGUUUGUGGGAAGCUGAAUUGGGGUGGAAUCCUUGGCGAGUUGUGGCCGGAAGUACGGUACGUUGCUUGUGUUACUACCGGCAGCAUGGAGCAAUACUAUCCGAUGCUCAAGUACUAUGCCGGCGAGAAUGUGCCAUUGCUGUGUGGAGACUACUUCGCUUCUGAGUGUCCUGUAGGUAUGAACAUGGACAGGAUGCGGCCGCCGGAGGAGACGAGCUUUGUGAUUCUCCCGAACGCGGCUUACUUCGAGUUCCUUCCUUUCGACAUGGGAGCUUCCUCCGAGGCGAAGGAGACCGUGGAUAUCAGUGGGGUGGAGGUUGGGAAGAUGUAUGAGGUGGUGGCGACUACUUACAGGGGGUUGUACCGGUACCGUUUGGGCGAUGUUGUUAAGGUGGUAGGAUUUUAUAAUUCAUCUCCUCAAGUUCAGUUCAUUACAAGAGCCCCAAAGGAGGCUUCAGAAAUCUUUACUGAGAGAGAAUUGAUAUGUGGAAUGGAAAACUUUCAGCGGAUGCUUAGAGAUGGGCACAAAGGGGAGGUUGUAGAGUUUGCUGGAUUUUUGGAUUCCGGUUCAGGCCUGAAACAUGUCAUCAUUUUUGUGGAAGCGAGCAAAGAUUGCAUGUUUCUGCAGAGGGAGAAUUUGGAGGAGUCCAUUGCUUAUCUCAGAAGGUGCUGCUCAUCCAUUGAAGGUUGUUUGGGGAGUGUUUAUAGGGAGAAGAGAGCUGAUGGAGAUCUUGGUCCUCUGCAGAUAUCUAUAGUAGAGCCUGGUAGUUUUGAUGGUCUAGCAAAAUUGGCCAUGGAGAGUGGAGCACCAGCCAACCAAUAUAAGCCUCCAAAGGUCAUCCGGAACCGUGGCCUUGUUGAUCUGUUGAAAGCAUCUAUUGUGGUAACAGCAAGCCUGGAAGCUAAUUGAACGUAAAAUUCCCAUAUACCACUGAAAAUAAGAAGGAAUUCUUGUACAUCUUUUGGUUGAGGGAGAAACCUCACCCCUGUGGGCUGUCUUCUUCUCCUCGAAAUGCACCAUAACUUAUAAUAUUUCUUGUUUUUGUUGAUUAUGUGAUAAUAAUAGCUUCCAGGGGCACUAAAUGGGAAUUCUCUAUGCUGCCCAUCACUUUAGAGAAAUUCUCUAGACUCAAUAGACUGAUAUUCCUUCA